CUCUGCUACGGGCAGAGACUCAGAAAUCAGAAUCGAGGUCACUCUCCAUCUUUUUUUUUCACUUUCCGAUUUUCUCAGCAACCAAGCAGUUCUCUUGUCUUGUUCUGCUUCGCUUUGUUCAUUCUGACAACUUCUUCUUUGCAAGUCAAGCGACACCGCUGAAUUUUCGUUUUUCAGAAGAUGCUUCCUCUUUCUCUGCUCAAGACUGCUCAAGGUCACCCUAUGUUGGUGGAGCUGAAAAAUGGGGAAACUUACAAUGGUCAUUUAGUGAAUUGUGAUACAUGGAUGAACAUCCAUCUGCGUGAAGUCAUCUGCACUUCAAAAGAUGGAGAUAGGUUUUGGAGAAUGCCAGAAUGCUACAUUCGUGGGAAUACAAUUAAGUAUCUCAGAGUCCCUGAUGAGGUGAUUGAUAAAGUUCAGGAAGAAACAAAAAAUCGUGCAGAUAGAAAGCCACCAGGAGUUGGGCGUGGGAGAGGAAGAGGUAGAGAGGAAGGUCCUGGUGGAAGGCCAGCAAAGGGCAUAGGGCGUGGCAUAGAUGAAGGUGCCAAAGGCAUGGGUGGAGGCCGGGGCAGGGGAGGGCCUGGUGGCAGGAGUGGCGGUAGCAGAGGUGGAGGACGUGGCCGUGGCUGACACAACAAAAACUCUGCGAACAAAUGACUCUGGUAUAGCAAUAUGCCUUAAGGAGGGCUGGACUAAACAUCUUUCAGAUGCUGCACCAGUGCUUUGAGUGAGUUCUGAUCCUUUUGCCUCCCAAGGAUACAGAUGCUUUUAUCCUUUCUUGCUUUCCCAAUAGGAGCAUUUAUCAAAUGGAAGUGUGAACUGGUUUGGUCGCUUUCAUUUCCUUUCCAAUCUGGAUUUUCAUGCCUGUGUGCUAUUUCAUUUUCUUCCUUUUGGGGUUGGGGGAAAAGUUUUGUAAAUCCUCUUUUCUAAACUAUAUAUAUAUGCAUAUUUGAUCCAGUGCAAUAUUGGUAUUAUGGAUAA